ACGCAACUGAAAUGUUCCAGACCCAGAAAGGUAGGUAAGGACAUCGGUAAAACAGUCCAUUUGAUAUCAGUGGCUCAACAUGAAUUUUGCAAAGCUAGGUUCAUUUAUUUAAUGAAUUGUAAGUGGGCUUGUUCUCAAGCCAUCUAUCGGCGCGCGCAAAGCGUUCAGUGCGUGGAAGUGAACGAUUCAAAGAUUCAAACACUGAAUCGUUUACAAACGAAGCACCACAUUGACAGUAAAAGAAAAGCUGCUUCCUAGUUACUAUGUCGACACUAAAGAAAGUUAUAUGGCCCCAAGUCAUUCUCUUCGGCGACUCAAUAACACAGUUUGCGUUUCAAGCGAACGGAUGGGGAUCCGAAAUCUCUCAUAAACUCGCCAGAAAAUGCGACGUGGUAAACCGAGGCUUGUCGGGUUACAACACACGGUGGGCUAAGCUUGUGCUUCCUCGCAUCGUGCCCAUUUCUGAGGCUCCUAUCGCGGCUGUGACCGUCUUCUUCGGCGCUAAUGAUUGCGCAUUGGAAGACAAGAACCCCGCGCAGCACGUGCCUCUCCAGGAGUUCACGGAGAACUUAAAAGAUAUUGUCAAAUAUCUGCUGUCUAUAGGGGUGUCCAAUGACAAGAUCAUCUUCAUCACACCACCACCACUUCAAGAAGCCGCCUGGGAGAAAGAGUGCUUGCUAAAAGGUUCAUCUCUGAAUCGGCUGAACUCUGUGGCUGGUCAGUACGCACAGGCCUGCGUUCAGGCUGCUGGACAGUCUGGUCUGGAUGUUCUAGAUCUCUGGACGCUCAUGCAAAAAGACGGACAGGAUUUCUCAGUGUAUCUUUCGGACGGACUUCAUCUCUCUGAUAAAGGCAAUCAGUUCGUGGCAGAGCAUUUAUGGACACUUCUUGAGAGGCGAGUGACUGAUUUGCCCUUCAUUCUGCCUUACUGGGGGGAUGUGGACCCAAAAUGCCCUGAGAGCAGCUUACUGUGUGAUUAAAGGUCAAAUGAUGCACAGCGUGCGAAACACCAUUCAGUUCCCGUGGUUUAUGUUUGGAUAUGCUUAUCGUUAUACAUUGUUUAAGAACCAUCCACCAAUCACAACUUGAUUUGAAAGCAGGUGUUUAGAGUCACUCAAGUUAAAUCACAGAUGUCACAGACAAUGUUUAAUCUUCUCCCAAAAAUAUAUUUCGAUUUCUGAAUGAUCAAUGUUUUGGUGAGGCCGUCUGAUUUGAGCUUCUUAUACUCACUAAGCUUUUUAGUACGGACAAUAAUGGCUUUGACUUUUAGAUCUUCUGGCAAUAAUCAAAUGUAUUUUCUUUCAGGGUCAUAAAAUAAUCAGAAACGCUUCAGUGUAGAGACAGUUUAUUCAUGUGGCUUCGAACCCCAAGAAUACAGUACAUGUUAAAUAAAUGUGACAUAACCAAACAUCGAAAACACACACACCGAAUGAUAGCAGAAUAUGAUCAGAUACAGCUGUCUACAUCCAAGUGAGAGUUUUUAAUUACCGUACUUCUGAUUUGAUACACAGGAAAGUAAGAAACAAUACAAAAUAUAGAUUUAGUCAUUCGACUUAUGGCACAGUAAAACUUUACAAGAUCUUAAAAUUCGACUGUAAUAGUUAAAGUCAUAUUUCACAGUGGGGGAAUACUACAUCAGUUCAUUUUGGUCACAUCUAUACAACCGUUUUAGUGGCAAAAAGAGAAAUUCUAUGAAAUAUGCACAUCCCUCGGCUCUGUUAUCAGUGUUUCAUAUAUUCAUACUGUUGUAUUGAAAUGACAUGAGAUGCUAUAGUAGGACAAAUUAAACUGAGCAAACCUUAAUGCAAAAAAUUGUGUGCAAUUUCUUUUAAAUAAAAUCUUAUUUAUCCUUAAGAACUGGUCAAAUAAAACUCAUUAUGAAUUGCAUUUCAUCUUACAGUUUCCAAACACGCAUGACAUUUAAUUCAUAAACAUAUGGCAUAGGACAUGCAUAGCCUGAAUCUUCUCAGCAAGUCGACCAGUGUAACAUUAAAAGUACAGAGUCAUGCAUUACUCCUGCUGCUCAUGUCUUUAGUGAGGUAUUCGUGAAUAAAAAAACAAAACAAUUUGCACUACUGGAUGUAUGUUACAAGGCACAUACUGACUGUAUUAAAAGAUUAUUAAAUACAAGUUAAAGGGAUAGUUUACCAAGCUGCACCCUCUUGUCGUUCCAAACCCACAAGACUUUUCGAAAGCUGCGUUCUCUCCAAUCGAAAAUCCAUUCUCAUAAAACUCUCAUACUUCAAAAAGAUGACAAAGAAAUUGUAAUCAUCACAGACAUUUAAUGCUAGAUUGGAUUCUCAUCUAUAAUAUUGACCAACACACAAACUAUGAAGAGCUCAUUAUUUAUGGUAAAUGGAAAGCAAGUAAAAAGUGAUUGUCUUUCUUCACUUGACUCGUAUAAUAUCUUUACGAACAUUUUCAAGUGUAAAAGUUUCGGCAGAAUUCAUUUUUAAUGACGGACAGAAAUCUCUCAGGCUUUAUAAAAAAUAUCUUCAUUUGUGGUUUUUGGACGAGUAAAUGAUAGCAUCAUUUUCAAUAUUAAGGUGAACUGUCCCUUUAAGAUCUAAGGACAGCACCUGUGAUUGUCAAUUACCACCAAAUAUUAUUUUGAUUUGUACUUCAUUUUCUAAAAACAACAAAAACUGCCUAAACCGUAACAACAGACAUAUAUAGGGCAAAUGUAAAAUGAUUAAAGGAAAGGUUCUCGCUAAAACAUUGGGUUUUUCAAACCGGUAUUAUUUACUUUCUACAGUGGAAGAUAUUAUGAACAAUGUUUUUUUUUUUCUGUUUCUGUCGAUACAAUAAAAGUCACUGGGGUCCAAAAGAAUAUUUGACCCCAUUGACUUCCAUGCAUCUGUGGUUCCACAAGAGAAAGUCUGGAGGUGUGGAAUGGCAUGAGGGCGAG